CUACCACCAGUACGGCCAGCUACUUCAUCUGAUGGCUUAUCAACUGCCGCCUAGCUCCUCAGAUGGCGUAUUUGCAGUGUCGGGUUCUGCUAUCAUCGACGCAUCAAUAGAAACGGUUUGGAAUAAUUUGCUGGAUUUCAAAGGGUAUAAAGAGUGGAAUCCUUUUGUCCGCGAUCAAAACAUCACUGAUAGCUCUGGUAACAUCCUCCCUGACCAAACCAUCGCUGAGGGCAAAUUCGUGCACAUAUAUCCCGUCCACCUUACCCCAAGUCUUGAAGACGUUCCAUUCUACAACAGGUUUUCUGCGUUCGUCGUCUGUACGGCUUUAGAUCACGAAAAUCACCGCGUGGCAUGGAAAACCACUUUACCUCGGUGGCUGCUCGACGCAGAACGCUGGCAAUCGUGCACCGUGGUGCCAGGGGGGAAGGUCAAGUAUGAAAGCAUCGAGGUCUUCAAUGGAAUCUUGGCCUAUCUCGUACGUUUCUUUGUGGGGCAGAAGUUGAUCAACGGUGUAGGAGCAAUGGCGAGGGGCUUGCAGGCCAAGUCGGAGAACUAGAUGCAUGGUUCUUUACUAUGUUUGCCUAUGCAUAUGGGACUAGGGUAAAUAUCCGCUUCCAAUGGCGACACGCGUCGAGAAGCAUUACGGACUUAUCAUUUUUGAGACUUCGUUGUUAUCUAUCUGUAGGGGCCAUCCAGUAGCGAAUGAGAUUAUUCUAUUUUGGAUGUUGCCUG